AUGACAACAAACAUUGAUCACCAAUUUCAUCCGAUCGCAUCCACUGUGACAUUUACGAAUCUUCAAACAACUAGAGAGUCAAACAAGGACAAUCAGGCGCGGCGGUGUAAGCCAGGCAGAAUCACUCGGCGCUACCUAUCUGGAUUCAUGAUGUCAUUGGACGUUAGACUUUCUUGGGCCAAUACCUACCCCGCGACAACACCUCCGCCAGAUGCCGGAAGCGACGGGAUUGAAGACGAUUCCUCCUCCGGUUUAACAGCCUGUUGGAAUUUGUUCGGGGGCUACGGGAGUUGGUUCUGCAUAUUCGGGAGGGAUGCUUACAGAGUCUGCCAUGGGAGAGCGAAUCAAGAAUCAGUCAUGUGGGUUUUUGGUGGUGGAUUUGAUUUGCUGAAGCCGCAAAACAUCAAAAUUGAAUACAGAAAGCACCAGAGUCAAGCCGCUCAAUGGAGUGACUCUACUGCUGCUGUCUCUCCCACUCCCAUUGAGCAACAUCAAGUGUUGAGCCACAUCAGCCCAGCCACAGACACUGCCCCACCAUCGGCUGCCGGCGUCGUCUCAUGCCGGAGGCCAUCCACCGCUGUCGACUCGCCUCUGCCCACCCACAAUAACUUCCGCGAGGCUUGA